UUUGUUUAAUUUAAUAUCCUAGACGAUGCAUUGGCAUUUAUUUAUUUUGGAAUUUUAUUUAUAGACAUAGCCUCUGACUAUUGAAAAUUGAUAGAAAAAAAUAGAAUUUAUGACUGAGUUACCUAACCUUUUUUUUAAACGUAAGUUUUUGUCGUAAUGUAAGCGGAGUCAAAUCCAAAACACUUAAAUCAUUAAAAUUUGUUCACCUGUUCUUGAGUUAAAGUGGUGUUACUGAUAUUUAUGUUACUACUUUGAUUUAGUUAUAGUACAGAUAACAUAAUACUAUAUUAGUAAAGAAUAUCGGGAUAAAAAGUUGCCUAUACGUUAUUCCAGUUGUCCAGCUAUCUACGUACCAAAUUUCAUUGCAACCGGUUCAGUAGUUUUUGCCUGAAAGAGAAACAAACACACACACAAAUCCUUACAAACUUUCGCAUUGAUAAAAUUAGUAGGAAUUAGGAUUAUUCAUGUCAAAGAUAUACCUAAUAUGUAGCUACUUAUAGCUUAAAUAGCUUUUUGUUUUACGUUUAUUAUACGUUCCUUUACUUUUAUAAAUAAACUUUUUUUUUGUUCUAAGCAGACGACCUUGUAUUAAGUUAUAAUAACAUUACAUAAUUAAAAUUAUUAAUCAACUAAAAGCAACAAACGACUUUACACCAUGCAUAUUUCCAAAAAUCUCCCGCUCAUCAGCUGUUGUAAAAAUAUGAAAUUACUGAGUCACCCCAGAAAUCCAAUGUUUAAAACCAGUGACCUUGAUAGCGCAGUCGCGAAAGGCACGCGCUGACGGUCUGUCUGAUUUUUCUCGUGCCAAUAAACAAACAUCGAUUAUUCAAUAAAUAAAAUGAACAUACAAUAAAUAACACAAACACUGUUUAAACUCAAACAUCUACACCAUUUAACUCAAAUGUAUUUUAAAAUAAAACGUGUAAUAUGUGAUUUAUAACACUUCUUGUUCAUUCAAGUGACGUUUUGACUUUGCGCUCAUGGCGCAUGCGUGGUAUAACCCUGUGAAAUUGGAGAGCUAUGCGAUUUCAACGAAGAUCGACCAUAAUAACCUCAAAUGUCGUAUGAAAAAGUGAGACGUUGGAAAAAUGUGACCAUGUGGCAAUUAAAAUGCGUAUGUUUAUUUCUCUGCGUUAUCGCGUUAUUGCAAAUAUACGCAGAAGUGUACCGGAAGACUGAGAGACUGUCGGACGAAACGAAAUUCAUCCUUCUAUGGACCCCGGAGGAAAUCGCUCCACUCUCUUUCUUCGGCCACGGGCAGAGAGCCUUCAUAACGAAGAACUGUUCUAUGAUCAACUGCUACGUCACCACAGACAGAAGUCUGUUCAGUGGAGACUUGACAAAAUUUCACGCGAUAGCAUUCAACGGACGAAAUAUUUUAAAUAUGCGCAGUUCCCAACUCCCGAAUCAGAGGACGCCUCAACAAAAAUACAUAUUUUUCAACAUGGAAUCGUCAGAAAACUAUCCGAUCUGUGCGCAGCACUUUGAUGAUUUCUUUAAUUGGACAUCAACUUACAGAUUGGAUUCAGAUCUUCCGUAUCCCUAUAUUCAGAUAAAAAAAUUAGACGGCCAAAUAGUUGGCCCCAAGAGGAAUAUGACAUGGGAAGAAACUCCUAGCUGCAUAAAUGAUGACUUGUACUACCGAAUACGGAAUAAAACUAAGGCGGUGGCGUGGUUCGUGUCAAAUUGUAAGAGCAAAAACAACAGGCUGGAGGUAGCAAAGGAGUUGCAAAAGGCUUUAUUGGUUUAUGGACAUACGGUAGACAUUUACGGGGGAUGUGGUACUUUAAAAUGUCCCAGGUCUACAGAGCAUGAUUGCAAUUCGUUUCUGGAGAGAGAUUAUUUCUUUUAUCUGUCGUUCGAGAACUCGUUUGCUGAAGAUUAUGUAACUGAAAAGGUGUUGACGGCGUUAUUGCAUGAUGUCGUGCCUAUCGUGUAUGGGGGUGCUGACUAUUCAAGAUUUCUUCCCCCCGGAUCGUAUCUAGACGCUCGCAACUCGACCCCGCAAGAUCUGGCAACAACCAUAGCCACUCUUAUAAAAGAUCCUAAAACUUACAGCCAUUACUUUAGAUGGAGGAAUAGUUACACAUACAGAGAUCCAGCUGUCACUGAUAAUGUGUGUGCGUUCUGUGAAGCCAUGAAUAACGAAGACAUGAUGACAUCGUAUUCAACAUAUAAGAAUUUUAGACGUUGGUGGAACCCUCACUAUGAAGAUAGGUGCAGAUAAUGACGUGUAAUAUAGACUGAUUGUUGAUAUAAUAUGAUUGCUUGUACAAUAAAGUGAUUUCAUAAUACG